AUUAAACAUAUCCAGUGAAACAAUAAGUUUUUCUUCUAUUAAUGAAAUUGUGUAAUUAGUUGCGCAGUGUUCGUGUAGUUUCAACUGGGAUUAAAAAAUACGAUCGAAGGUCGUGUUUCAUCACAAUGGACGCAACAAUGGAAAACAAAAUGGGUCUACCUCCACCGUACGAGCCCACAGCGCCUGCUCCCGUACCACCACCAUCGUACUUCGGUGAUAACCCACCCCCACCAGCUGGCUUCGUUGCUCCAGUGGCACCACCACGAACCACAGUGAUUACCAACCAACCCACUAACCCCAGGCCGGUGAAACUGGGCCCAGGACCGACAGGAACGACUUGCCCCACGUGUAAUAAAUCGAUUGUGACCAGAGUUGACUACGUGCCCAACAAUAGAACGCAUAUUGUCUCUGCUGCUCUUUGUGUUCUCGCUGGUUGCUGCUGCGGUUGUUUUGUACCCUACUGCAUGAGGUCCUGUAAGACAGCAAACCACUACUGCCCAGCCUGUAAAGCCUUCGUUGGAAACUACCAGCCUUCGUGACUCCAUCCACUCUGAAAGUCCUCGGGCCUUCAUUCGGCGCCAAGUUUAUAAAUGCCGUAAUUUUCCCUUGUUUUACACAACUGCUAAUAAGUUUCAUUUGGACACUGAAAUGUCAUCGAGAAUGAAAGAAGUUGCAAAAAAUUACCUUAUUCCACAAUAUCUAACUCGAAAAAGAACGAAAAAUACUAAUUAAUAAUAACUCAAACGUAUCACAUCUACGACUCAGCUACAGAGGACGAUGGAGUACUUAGCACUUAGUGAUAUUCUAUUCUGCGUACUACUUCUUACUUCUACUUCUUACUGUUUCUUAU